AUGGGAACCGAGUUGGAUCCAAGGAUUCCUACAAGAAUUGAUGAUGGUCUAAGAUUAGUACUUUUCGAUGAUGAAAGAGUAAAAAAGUAUAAACAAGAAGUCGCAAAAUUAAAGGAUGAAGCUGCUAGACUACGGGAUUUAUUAGGUGUUGACCUAGAUAAAUUACCAGAAUUACUUAAUGAUAAAAAACUCAUCGAUAUAUUGACUACUCAAACCACUAUUGAAUUAUUACUUUUAAAAGAUGAAGUUAAUAAAUUAAAUAGUGAAAAAGACGAAUUAAAGUCUGAAAAAGAUCAAUUGAAAACUGAAAUAAAUGAUUUACAAGAUGAACGGUUGCAUGCUGAGAAUGCUACUGAAGGUUUGAAUCAAGAAAUUAUUAAUUUAAAAACUAAUUUGACAUUGUUGGAAAAAAAGAAAAAUAAUCUAGAAUCAAAUAUUGAGGAAAGAAAAAAAGUAUUAGAGCAAGAGUUCAAUGAAUUGAAAUCCGAAUUAGAAGAGAAAAGAAGAUCUUUGGAGUUAAAUAUUAACGAAAGAUUAGAAACAAAAAAAUCUUUGGAGCAAGAAAUUGCGAAAUUAGAAGUUAAUUUAGAAGAUCAUAGGAAAAAUAUAGAAUCAAUUGCUAGCAAACAAUUGGAACGUGAAAAAUUAGAACAGAAAAAGCAAGAGUCUGAUCGAAAAAUGAAAGAAAUCGAAGAAAAAUUAAACAAAAAGAAAACUAGAGUUUCAGAAUUAGAAGAUAAAUUGAUCAGUAUAGAGAAUAAGAGAAAUGAAUUAGAAGUAAAUAAAAAAGAUUUAAAAGAAGCUUAUUUAAAAUACGGCCAAUUUAAAGACGAAAAAUACCGAGGAAUGGCUCAACAAGUAAUACUUCCAUUGAAACAAAACAUUCGAGAUAUUGAAACUCAAUUAAAGGAAUUUGACGUAAUCAAGAAUGAAUUGUCUGAAGCGAAGAAAGAAAUCAAAAAUCUAAACGAGCAAAGCAAACGUGAAAAUGAAUUUUCAAAUGCUCUUAAAAACGACAUACAAGAGUAUAAAGAAAAAUUUAGUAAUGCGCAAGAAGAUCUUAAGAAAAAAGACAUUUUAAUUGAUGAACUUCGGAAAGAACUUCAACAAGAAAAGAACAAUAGAGAAAUAGUUGAACUGUCUAGAGAAAAAGGCAAUUUGGAAAAAUUAAUUAGUUCGACUAGAGUUAAAGUCGCUGAAAGAAAUCUUCAAGGUUAUUUGGAAAUGUUAGAUUUUGAAGAUGAAAAGACGAAAGAAACUGCAAAAAAGCAUCUAAAUAGGAUAUUAAAUGAUGUUGAAUUGGAUGCUCUUCUAAAUGGUCCAAAAAGGAUUGAAGAAAUAGAUCAAAAAUUAUCUAAAU